CCCAUACUCCCAUAGGCCUCCCGGCCGGCCCCUUAUCAGUACAGCACACCCAUUUAGGCCAGGCCACGCACGCACUUGUUCUUCUUCCUCCAUCACAUCCUGCCUAGCUACACCUGCCGCCAUGAAGCUAGCAGCUGCCUGCACCUCGAUGGCGGUGAAGGCGAAGCCGGCGAGGGGCGGGAAGAGGAAUAGGGCGAGCAGCGGCACAGCAGCGGCGGCAAUGAUACUGGUGGAGAAGAAGGACUCGGAGAAGGAGAGGAGGCAGCGCAUGAAGGCGCUUUGCGAUAAGCUCGCGUCCCUCAUCCCCAAAGAACACAACCCCCACGCUGAUACAAUGACCCAGCUAGGCAGCCUGGAUGUCGCAGCAUCAUACAUCAAGAAGCUCAAGGAGAGGGUUGAUGAGCUACAACAUAAGAAGGCCGCUGCACAAGCCGCGGCUACCUUACGAGGAGUUAGUGGCAUCUCGAUGGCCAUUACCACGAGUAGUGGUGCUUCGCUGGAUGGGGUAAAAAAAUUGGAGGCAUCGGCACCGGUAGUGGAAGUGCGGCAACCCGAUGAUUCAAGCAUGGAGGUGAGACUGAUAUGCAACACAGAGAGGCCGAUCAAGCUCCAUGAGGUGAUAACCAUCCUGGAGGAAGAAGGGGCCGACAUUAUCAACGCCAAUCACUCCGUUGUUGGCCACAAAAUAUUUUAUACUAUAUACUCCCGGGCCUUCAGCACCAGAAUUGGCAUAGAUGAUUCAAGAAUUUCUGAACGACUAGGAGCAUUGGUACGAUAGUAACUCAAUUUGCACACACACACACGCACACGCACACGCACACGCGCACGCGCACGCACGCGCACACGCACACGCGCGCGCGCACACACACACACACAACAUAAUAUAACAACGAACUGUAUAAAAUAAACACCCCAUGGAUGCAUAAUUUGUAUUUAUUAAUUGGCUAUGACUAGCGGAUGGAAACACCUUAAUUAGCUAGUUGCCAAGUGUCUUCUCCAUGUAUGGAAAAAGUGUUGACCGAUCUUCAAGGUAUAAUUACCUACCAUAAUUCAUAGUAAGAAGUGUUGUUAGCUUGUUGUAUGUGUUUAAAUAUUAAUGUUUAAAUGUGUUUUAUGUUAUCUCGUCCUCC